UAUCCAUUGACUAUUUUUGAUAGUAUCUCAUCAAUGACAUCGUGUGUUACCAAGAAAAUUCGUAGGCAUCAGCUACGUAGUUCUAACAGCGGCGCUUCGUACGGCAGCGUCAUGGAAAAUCGUUUUAUGUUCUUUCUUGUUCCUCCAUCUGGAUUUAUGAUCACGCUAUAUAAAGGACUUACUGAUUGUGUACUUUGACCCCGGCUUACUAAAUCAAAGGUCCAAUCGUGAAUAAUAUCUCUUCAGUAUCACUAAAGACUUCUAAACAACAACAUCAUGUCGGACACCGUAAGCCCGAUUAAAUAUUUUUUAAGUGGUGGAUUUGGUGGAGUAUGUACCGUAUUAGCAGGUCAUCCUUUGGACACUAUUAAAGUACGUCUUCAAACUAUGCCUGUGCCAAAACCUAAUGAGUUACCUUUGUAUUCUGGUACAUGGGAUUGUGCUAAAAAAACUAUCUCUAAAGAAGGAAUACGUGGCUUAUACAAAGGUAUGGCUGCACCAUUAUGUGGUGUUGCGCCGAUAUUUGCGAUAAGUUUCUUUGGAUAUGGUGUUGGAAAAAAACUACAACAGAGUACUCCGGAUGAAAAGCUUACAACAACACAAUUAUUUUGUGCUGGUGCUUUUAGUGGAAUAUUUACCACAAUUAUAAUGGCACCUGGAGAACGUAUUAAGUGUCUAUUACAAAUACAGCAUGCAGAUGCUAAACCAAAGUAUAGCGGACCUUUAGAUUGUACAAAGCAAUUAUAUCGAGAAGGAGGUAUUAGAAGUAUAUACAAAGGCACCUGUGCUACAUUAUUAAGAGAUAUUCCAGCCAGUGGUAUGUACUUCAUGACAUAUGAAUAUCUGAAAGAACAAUUCACUCCUGAGGGAGGCAAGCUUAGUUUACUGGCUACCAUAGCAGCUGGCGGUUUUGCAGGAAUUGCGAAUUGGUUGGUGGGAAUGCCACCUGAUAUCCUAAAAAGUCGCCUGCAAACUGCACCAGAAGGCACAUAUAAAAAAGGAAUACGUGAAGUAUUUGUUAAGUUGAUGAAAAACGAAGGACCUACAGCCCUUUAUAAAGGUGUCGUACCGGUAAUGCUACGAGCUUUCCCGGCAAAUGCAUCUUGUUUCAUGGGCUUCGAAAUUGCAAUGAAAUUUUUGAACUGGAUCGUACCAAGUUUAUAACUAAUAUAUGUAUGUAUAGAAAUCUGGCAUGGUACAACAGGAUGAAUGAGUAGAAAAGUUGUUUUGCUAUGUCCGUCGUCUAUGCUAUUUUGUCAUUUGUAUUCUAUGAAUACAAAUGCAGAAAGAAUUAAUUCAUUAUCAUGACAAAAGCAAAUCAACAGAAUUUGUUUCUGCUUUAAAAUGACAAUGCAGCUCAAAAGGUCGAUGUAUGAUAUUAGGGAACUCGCAAGAUAUUACAAAAUUCAGAAGAGAAAUUAAUCACAUCAUGUUAAAAUAUGUUGUGAAAUGUAUGUUUGAAAAAAAAUUUAUAUUUGAAUAUGGGACUUUUGCAAUUCGUACGACUAUCGACAUUAAACUGUUUACCAGACAAACAAAUGAAAGUAUAUUAUCAGGGAAUAGAUAAAGUACCCAUAAUAAAUAAAUAUAUUCGUUUUUACCGAAUACUUUAUAGUUUCAAACACACACACACACACACACACACACACACAUAUAUAUAUAUAUAUACACACACACCAAAUUUCCUUCAUAAACAUAUCAUGUUAGAAUGUGAUAAUAAUAUUCCUAAAUGAUAUCACAAAGAUUAUAUUCCACAAUUAUAGGAUAUGUACCCAGUAAGCAAAAUGCUAGCAGAAUGCGUGCAAAUUGACGCCAUUUUCGAUCAGAUCCCCACAUCAAAACCAUAGCUAUCAGUGUCCUCAUUAGGCUCGUGUUUUGUUGACAGGACCUGCGUGCAGGCCGUGCGAGCAGAUUGUCGGCAGAAACCGCGCAGGUCCUGCUGCCAAACUACGCGCAGAAUUUGCUCGGUUUCUGCCGCCAAUCUGCCGUCAAAUUACUGCAAGUCUUGCGCGGUUUUUGCUACAAAUCUGCCGUCAAAUAUCCGACAGCAGGAUCUGGCGCAUAUUUGACCGCAGAUUGGUGGUAUAAUUUGAUAUAACAGAUUCUGCGUUAAAUUUGUUGCCUAUUUGCCAUGAAACUAUGAUAGCAGGCUUUGCUCGAAAUCAGCUCGCACAGGUUUGGCUAUCUGGGUAUAUGCAUAUAUAUAUUAUGUGUAUGUGUAUGUAUGUAUAUAUAUAAAUUUUUAUAUUGAAUGAACAUGUGUUAUAUAGUUUGAAUAUAAAACCACAUUUAUUCAAUAUUCAUAUAUUAUAUAUCAUAUUGCGUAUUCAAAGAAAUAUAUAAUCAGAGCCAUAAUGGAGGAACUAGUUAUACACUUUAUGCACAAGACUGCUGAAGUUGAAGGAUAUAUAUAUACAUAUACAUAUAUACAACAAAUAAAAAUGAUAAUGGUAUUUGUUAGUAAUUAAACAAUAUUAAACUUUUUUAGGAAACCGUUAGGAAUAUACAUAGUUUGAAAUUAGUUAGGAAUUGUUUAAAGAAUUAGCAUAUAAUCGGUCAUGGAAAUUUAUUUUCUGAAGCUAUUCUCUGUAUGACCGAUUACUCGUCGAUUAUUUGAAUGAUAUGGUUAAUGAUUUACUUGCGCAAAAUAAAAAAAUGUGUUGCACA